UAUCACUCACUACUGCUUCAACAAUACCUCCCAAAUAUAAAUACAAACACUACUUGGUGGUUUAAAAACAGUACAUAAGGGUCCCCUUUUUUUCAUUUCUUAUUAGGGUUUUCAUCUCCCUUGCUUAUUAUUAUUUCAUUCUCAUUCUCAUAUUUUUAAUGGAGUUUUGAGUAUUCCAUGGCAUGUUUAGUCACCAUGUACAACAACUCAGAUCAUAGUAAAGGUCAAUAUUGCCCUCCAAUCAGUCCAAGAAUCUCAUUCUCCAAUGACUUUGCAGACUCCCAACAAAUUAUCAAGCAAGAAACUAGAGCCUCACCAUCAUCAUCAGCUGAUUUUGAGUUUAAUUCAGUCACAAGUUACUCAAUGAUGAGUGCUGAUGAGCUUUUUUGUAAGGGUAAAUUUGUACCAUUUAAAGAAAAUGGGAACAAAAUGCAAAGAACUACUACUAUUAGAGAUGAGCUUCUUGUUGAUGAUGAUGAUUAUAAAAAUAAUGGUUCAAUCUCACUUAAGCCACCUAAGGGCUCUUCAACAAGAUGGAAGGGUCUUCUUGGCUUUAAAAGAAGCCACAUUGGGUCCAAGAAAGUUGAUAAAACAAGCUUUGAUGGUUCUUUGGUUCUUGAUCAUAAUUCAAGGCAUGAGGAAGUUCAUAAUUCACAGGAGGAAGGAGGGUCAAGUCAUAGAGAUGUGGAGAUUGGGAUAUAGAAAAUGAUUUGGAGAAAUUUUGGGUAAAUUUUCAAGAGAUUUAAUUUUGUGUUAGUGGUGGGUUUAAAUUUUUUAUUAUGUUUUGAUUUUGGAGUUUUGCUCUAUGAUUAAUUGUUAAAUUGGAUGCCUUCCACAAGUAGUUUGGUAUUUUUGGCUGUUUUGUGAUUUUGUACAAAAUGUUUGCAGUUGAAGAACUUGAGUUCUUGUAUCUUGUGGAGCAUUAGUUUUUAUUGGUAGAUCUGUACUCAUUUUCAAUUAAUUAAUUAAUCCUUUAUGUUUGAAAAAAAAUUCUAAUAUAAAUUAUUUUUGGAUC